AUGAGUAGGCCUCGGGAUGCCAUUGAAUACCACCUGGCCUUGCCUCCUAAAAAGCCACCUCAUCCAGCCCGGAGUGGAGUGGAGAUUCGAACUUGCCUUAUCUGUCUGAUGCUGGAAAUCUUGACGACUAUGGCAGACGACUUCGGACAAGGUGAGUUCUGCUAUGUCGCCCUGACAACAAGAUCAACUGCGGCGAAAAAAGAGGGUCACGACGUAGCCGUGGCGUCCGAGACAAAUCAGGCAGUAUCCAAGCCACACUUCAAUUGUCGAUUAAGCAAACAUGCGUUCGUCAAUGCACUCGAGGGCGUCGAGUCCUGUUGCUGGUGCUGA